CAUUCCCAUGGUGAGGCCUUUUGGGAAGGACAUAUUUGCCCAGAGCUGCUGCCUGCAUCGUGCCUGCACUUGCCUGCACCUGCCAGCACAUGGCCUGGCUUGCCAAGGCUGUGGCCUGUGGGGAGAACAGAGUGCUGCUGGGUCCCAUUCCAUCUGCCCUGAGACCCGAGCCAUCCAUCCCUUGCCCGCAUGUCACUGCAGCACAAAGGGUCCCCUCUCUGCUCCCCUUCUCGGCACUACCUCAGAACCCUUUGCUGUGACUGCGGUGCCACUUUGGCUUCACAUGAGGCUGGCCAGGAGUCAGGUGUGGGGGGCCCAACCAGGGCCUCCCCAGGAACUGGGACCCUCACAGGAAUCAGCACCCUCCUGAGAGAUUGGGGCUCUCCCCAGGGAUCAGGACUCUCUGCAGGGCAGGGGCAGAGCAGGACCACAGUAGCUUUUGAUGCCCAUCCAUGCCAGGAGCACGCGUCACCUGUGCCCAAGCACGGGUGGCACCCGUUAGCUCUGGGGUGGAGCACUGGCACCCAGUGUGGCACCUGGCAUCACCUGUGCCCUGAAUGGGGAUGGGGGUUUGUGCCUGCUGGGGGGCCCUGGGACCUGGAGGCAGGUUACUGGGAGGUACUGGGAUGUCGUGGGGCCCUGGGCUGUACCUGCGUAAGCAUUUCGGGGGGGGGCACCGGUGUUUAUUUGAGUGUAGGGCGAGGCGAUGACCAGCCGGUAAUGAUUAACCCUGGGCUGAGCAGGAGGAUGAGGCCCCCCCUGCACGAGGGGCUGGGGUACUCCGUGGCCCCUGUGUGCCCCCCACAUGCUCCCCACCAGGUCCUGGGGCCCGUGGCUCAGCCCAGGGAAGCCAGGCAGAUGCUGCUCCCACCCCUGCCCCAGGAUGCCCGGCUACUGUCCCGUCCUGUGCCCCCACCCGAGGCUGGGUCCGCCCACGGCACCGGGACACUGCCAGCGGUGAUCCCCCAAGCCAGGGAGGUGCGAGGGUCCCCACCUGGGGGCCUGAUGCUGCAGGGGCCCCAUUGGCGUGGUGGCACCUCUGUGCCAAGUGGGGCAGAACGACCCCCCUGCCUGGAGCCGGCAGCGGGGUGGGGCCUCUCCACCUGCUCCAGGUGCUCUAUAAAGCUCUGGCCGCUGUCGAGCUGCCAGUUCCGGAUCCCUGGAUUGAGGCGUGUGCCACCAGCUAACGGGAGAGCAGCCGCUGCCCAGCCCCGCGUGGCGCCGGGACCCCCGGACAAGCCCAUGGCGUUCACCGUCCUUCUGUUGCUGCUGGUGCUGGGCACAGGUACGCAUGCCAUGACCACCGAGACAACCAUGGAGAUGGAAACUACUGAAACAACCACCGUGGAGAUGACCACAGAAACCACCUCCACCCCCACCCUAUGGUCAAAUAAAUUCCCCAAAAGCACAGGGGGCAGCCGGCCCCAACCCGGCUUCCCCUAUGCCACUGUGUUCCCUGGUACAAACACCACGAACUUCCAGUUUGGCAACCACUCCAUGGGCAAUGCCACCUCCAACAGCACUGUGGUGCCUGCCCACAGCAGCCCAGCCAUCCCCCAUGUCAAUGCCUCCUCAAACGGCAGCAGCUGGGCCCCCCACACCGGCACCAACAGCAGCUCUGCUGCUCCCACCGUGGAUGGCAACGGGACCACCAGUGCGCAGGUCAAUCCCACCCAGAUAACGUCUGAGGGCAGCACGGCUCCCAGGCAGACCCCCACCCAGGGUGGUCCCAAGCCCAGCAAACCCACAGCCCAGCUGCCCGCUGCCGUCCAGCUGCUUGUCCGUGUCCCGCUGUCCUUCCGCAUCAUCAACAGGAGCUUCAACGAGAGCCUGCGUGACCCGGCAUCGGAGGAGUACAGGAGCCUGAGCAGCGCUGUCCUGGGCAUGUUUGAACACGUCUUUGGCUGCGCGGGCUGCAUGGGCACGCAGACCUACGCUGGGUGCAGCGAGCUGCGGUACAGCCAAGGCUCGGUGGAGGUCCAGUCCACACUCGUGUUUGGGAAUGGAAGCGAUGACGUUACUCCUGAUGCUGCUGAGCAGCGCCUGAGGAAGAGCCUGGACCACAAUGGCUUCGUUAUGGGCCUGCAGCUGGACAGCAUCCAGAGCUCCACAGCAGUGAUGUCCCCAGCUCCAGCGCCUGUGGUCCCGGACUGGGCCAUUGCUCUGUUGGUCCUGGUCAGCAUCCUGCUGCUGUUCAGCAUCUUCACCUGUCUACUCCUAAUGUCCACCUGCACCUGCCGCCGGAAAAGCCGAGGGAAGCUGGACCUGCUCAGCCAGAAAGAUUCCUACCACCCCAUGGCUGAAUACCUCCAGUACCAGAGCCACGGGCGCUACGUGUCCCCCAACAGCAAACCCAACCCCUACAGCCAGGUGGCCGGCAGCACCACGAGGGCCGGCACCUUCACCUACACCAACCCCGCCGCCGGCUCCGACAACCUGUGAAGGGCGCGCUGGGAAGGAGGGCGGCUGCCCAGGGGAGGGGGCGGCCGCAGCCCCGCACUCCCGGGGAGCAGCACCGGCCCCGGGCACAUCCCCCGGUGCUGCUCGGCCCCUCGCCGCGGGCAGCGGGAGCCGGAUGGUUCUGGAGCAGCCGGAUUCGUGCACAUGACAGAACUGGAUGAACAAGGAUCGGGGGCUGGAGGGAGGGUCCCGCAUGCCCCACGGUGCCCGCACUCGCUUGGCUUUGCAACCCUGCUCCGUGCCGGGGGUGGAGGACUGGGCUCUGCUCCCCCUGCGCUCACCCCCGGGGAUUCACUGGCUCUUUUUGUGGUGUUAUUUUAUAUAAAUGUUUCUAUUUGCGGGGUGUUGGUGCCGGGCUCGGCUCGGCGGGGUGGCAGGUCCUCUGCCGGGGUGUAUUUAUCACAGUUAAAAUAAAAGGAUGGGGGCA